AUGCCGUUCAUGCCGGUGAAGUUCAACUUGCAGAAGCGGGUGAAACUGGCUCAGGGUCUGUGGAUGAUCUACUGGCUCUCGGUCAUCGUGGGGAUCCUCAUCUUCAGCCUCGGCAUCUUCUUCAAGAUCGAGCUGCGGAAGAGGAGUGAGAUGAUGGACAACAACGAGAGCCAUUUAGUGCCCAACCUGCUGAUCCUGGUGGGCCUAUUGGCCUGCGGAGUCAGCGCCUUCGGAGGGAAGGUGUGCCACGACUCUCUGGACCCCGUCAAGUUUGCCAAGUGGAAGCCGAUGCUGAAGCCGUACCUGUUGCUGUGCUGCGGCUUCAACGCGCUGAUGCUGCUGACGGUGUUGCUCUGCUUCCUCAUGCAGUUUGCCGUGUACCUAACGCUGGCCGAGGGCCUGAAAAACAGCAUCAAGUUCUACAAGGACACGGACACGCCAGGGCGCUGCUUCAUGAAGAGGACGCUGGACAUGACGCAGAUCGAGUUUCGCUGCUGCGGCAACAACAACUUCAGGGACUGGUUCGAGGUGCAGUGGAUCAGCAACCGCUACCUGGACAUGAGCAACGACCUGGUCAAAGAUCGUGUCCUCAGUAACGUGGAGGGGAAGUACCUGAUGGACAGCGUCCCCUUCAGCUGCUGUAACCCCGGCUCCCCCCGGCCUUGCAUCCAGCACCACCUGACCAAUAACUCGGCCCACUACGACUACGACCACCGCAUCGAGGAGCUCAACAUCUGGACCCGGGGCUGCCGCGAGGCCCUCUUCUCCUACUUCAGCAACAUGAUGAACAGCAUCGGCAUGCUCAUAAUCGCCACCAUCAUCCUGGAGUCGGCGGACAUGGCGGGGUUGAAGUACCUCACCACGGCUCUGGAGACGAUGGAGGACCCGGAGAACCCGGAAUGUGAGAGCGAGGGCUGGCUGCUGGAGAAAAGCGUGAAGGAGACGUUCAGCGAGAUGCUCGCCAAGAUGAAGACGCUGGGGGCGAGCAACCAGGUGGAGGGCGGGGACGCAGCCGAGGCCGCCACCUGA